AUGGCCACAGCCAGAGACCUGCCACAAGUUCUUAUUGUAUCUAUUCUUCUGUUUGUAGUGUUGGUGUCCAAAUCCUCCCCGAAGAAGCCUCGUGGCCGGAGCAUCUUCAAGGCGCUUUUCUGUUGCCUUCGUGCACAGAAUGUGGGGCAGACGGCCUUUGGCAACAGUCAUGGGCUGCAUAAGGAAGAGACGAACACCAUUGCCAAGUCUGAUCUGUUGCAGUGUCUCCAAUACCAGUUUUAUCAGAUUCCUGGAACAUGCCUUCUCCCUGAGGUGACUCAACAAGACCAGGGCCGAAUAUGUGUGGUGAUUGACCUGGAUGAGACCUUAGUGCACAGUUCCUUCAAGCCAAUCAACAACGCUGACUUCAUUGUGCCGGUUGAGAUAGAGGGAACAACUCAUGAGGUGUAUGUGUUGAAGCGGCCUUUUGUAGAUGAAUUCCUGAGGCGGAUGGGGGAGCUGUUUGAGUGUGUGCUCUUCACUGCCAGCUUAGCUAAGUAUGCUGACCCAGUGACUGACCUUUUGGACAAGUGUGGAGUCUUCCGGACCCGCCUCUUCCGGGAGUCGUGCGUGUUCCACCAGGGAUGUUACGUGAAGGAUCUCAGCCGGCUGGGCCGUGAUCUACGCAAAACCCUGAUCCUGGAUAAUUCUCCAGCUUCUUACAUCUUCCAUCCAGAGAAUGCGGUGCCGGUCCAGUCUUGGUUUGAUGACAUGACAGACACUGAGCUGCUGAACCUGAUUCCUGUGUUUGAGGAGUUGAGCGGAGCAGAAGAUGUCUACACCAGCCUCGGCCAACUAAGGGCACCCUAACAUUUUCCUCGUGCUGUGGCCACUGGGGAAACUCCUUUUUUU